CUCAUAUCCAAAAUGAACUCCUUGAUCCCGCGGGCUAACACACUUUUCUCACUUUCCAUUCAUCUCUUUCAUCUCUUGACUUUUUCCUUCCAUCAAAAGAACCAUGACUUGAGAUCUGAAGAGUGAUCAGUCAUCAUCGAUGCCAUGCCGACGUUGAAAAAUCUCGUAUGCAAUGUUCUGUGGGGGGAGACUGGUGCUCCUUUCCCAGAAUAUGGCACUCAAUAUGGUGAUGGCUUCGUUGAAACCUUCAUCGCAAUCCCAAAUCAUCCUCAACCUUUCAGCAUCAGACUCACCUCGCGUAAAUUCAUUCAUGAAGGCCUAGCCAUGCUUGUCUUUAUAGAUGGAAAAUAUCAAUGCAACCGGGUUCGAGUCAAUCUACAAUCACCCGAGAAGAACCUACCGGAAUCUAGAUCCAAGAUCGAUUUCAUUGUUCGACAGAAAGAAACACGUCUAGGAGACGGAUCAUACAUGGGGAGAGAAUGGCGCUUUGAUGACUACAAUGUCGUACAACAACUCCCUCCAGGAGCAAGUGAGAGUCAUUUCGAGGAACUUGGUACGAUUGAAGUCUUUGUCUUGCGAUGCAGUUCCAAUGAUCCUGCUGAGUUCGACUCAUUGAGUGACUCUUCGAAAGAAGACAGUGUCAUUCUGGAGCAGCAAGACGAUGACAAUGCGGAAAUACCCACUGAACAAUCGGCAGAGGUUGUGGCUGAACCAGAUCUUGAGACUCUUCCUUUUUGGGGCAUCUUUGACGGACCUUCAGAUCGACCAUCGUCUUCUCACUUCUUACAAGUUGACGGCCCAGCUGACAAUUAUCACCAUUGGGAUUUUGGUUACAGACCUGGUCCUAGACCGUAUCCGCCACAACAAGGUCCACGCUAUCCUCCACGACCAUAUCAACAAGAACAUGUUCCUGGUGGCACAUUUCACUACCGUCGACCUACACAGGACCCACCUCAACCGCCACCGCGUGGUGAACGUGACCCACACGAUCAUCUACCGCCUCGGCCUGAACGACGGGUUCACUUCGAUUAUGGUAGUCCCAGAGAGGGUUCUGUACACAAUGGUCGAUAUCAGUCCCAACCUAUGCCUCGAUUCCAUGAUGAUUAUUACCCACCUCAACAUUAUGUUGGACAUCAACCCUAUGGAGACUAUCCAUCCCGUCAUGCCGAGCAUCAGUAUGUUCAUAGGCCUGCUGAGCCUCGAGAUUAUCGCGACUAUCCUGAACCUCCAAUGGGACAUGGUGCUCUUAGGGUUCCACUAGCUAGUUCCUCAAGAAUACCAGGUCUCUCAGAGCGUGGCACAACUCUACCAACUCACGCUCGAAUGGGUUCUGUUCCUCCUCAAGUUCCACCACAUCCACCAGGUCCUGCACCUUUACCAUACACCGGAAUUCAACCUUUCCCAAGUCAACAUCCACUUCCGAUGCCUACUUGGAUUGGUCCACCUCAUCAAGCAUUCCAACCUGCAGUACCAGGACCAGCUCAAUUCUUCCCAUACUUACCACUCAAUACUGCUCCAUGGUUUCAAGUGCCAAAUCAGCCUAUUCCUCAAAAUACUCAGAUUACCACGACCUCUACUGGUACUAGUGCAAGCAAUGACACUAGCAAACAAAAGGCUGCUUCCACGGCUACAGUAACCAAUACAAAAGCGGAAUUUUCAGAACCUACCACAAAAGACUCGAACAAUAAUGCUACCAAUAAUACCUGGCCCGACUGGAAUACCCAAAACAAAAGCGAGACUGACAAAAACACCAACAAACCUGACCAGGAUCAAAUAGAGUCGGCCGAUCAAGGGACUAGUAAUGCCAACGAUAAUCAGGAUUGGAACAACGACAACAACAAUAAUAACAGCAGUGGUCAAAAUUGGGAUACAAAUAACAACAACUCCAAUAAUACUACUGAUCAAAGCUGGGAUACAAACAACAACAACAACAACUCCGGUAAUGCUACUGAUCAAGGCUGGGAUACAGUCAACAACAACAGCACCAGUGAUGACAACAAAAGCAACAAGUCUAAUCAAAACUGGUCUCAAGGUCAGAAUACAACCUCGAACAACCAGAAUGUGCCACAGUCUACAAGUAAUGCAUCAGGAAAGACAGCAUGGUAUGGCCCAUAUGGCCUUUAUCAAGCUGCAAAGUUCCACAGAGACGUCGAUGUUCCACCCAUUGCAGAAGAAGAGCCACGAUAUGAUGUACCUCAAUCCGUUGCACAAGCCAAAGGUGUCACCAAGCAAGUCCAACCUGGUCGCGGUUACAUUUACAACAAGAAGAGCUUACAUCCCGCAAAGUAUCUAGACACUCUUCAGGAUCCCUAUGCCAGGUUCAUCUUCAAAUAUCGUCACAAGGAGCAGAUCAAGGCUGAAACUGGUAUUGUUGUCAGCUUGGAUCCGAGUCCUGACACGGACAGGAAUGCUCUCGAGGGUAAGAGCAAGGAUGAAUUGAUUGAGCUAGUUCUUCGAGCAAAGGGUGCUUUGGGAGGAGAUAUUCCAGAUCAACCACCGCCAAAACCAGUUCCUGCUCCUGCCGUGCCAGCUCCCUUUGAACAAGUUCCGAUUGCUCCACCUCAACAUCCAUUUCCAACAUACUACCUUCCAGCAUUUCGACGUCCUUCUGUCCAAGCUUCUAGUUCAGGUGCAAAGCCAACAGGUACUACCAAUAUUACUGCUGCUGCUGCAGCCGAUCAAGGCUGGGGAAGCGGAAAUACAAGUAAUGCAGCAGAACAACAAAACAACAACUGGCAACAAGGUGGUGAGGCAUCAGACAGGAAUAGCCAGCAAGCAUCCGGAACUGGACGUUGGGACGGCCAAAAUGAAGAAGAGCCUGCUGCCGCUCGAAGCUACCCACCACACGAUACCGCGCCGAGUAAUCCCACGAUCCCAGCGCCUUCAGCCAUCAGUCCUCUGAAUCUUCCUGGACCAUCUUACCCUACCAGUGUCCCUGUUCAACAAGACCGAGUGUGCACAACUCCAAAUCGGCCGUCUGCCGCCGACGCUGAUCCUCCACCACCUCCUUCUCCUCUCUAUCAAUCCAGCUCUGGCUCGCCCGCCAUAGUCCGGUCUGUACCUCUCUCGGACCCCUUUGGCCCCAGUGACGUUGCCGAGCCCCGCACCGAGCCACUCCCUGACAACAUGAGGGCACCUGACGUGGACGACCCAGUUCCCGCCGGCUUCAGCAGCUGGGACAGGUACUUUAUGCACCCCAACUCGCCAGACAUCCCUGACGAGUACGUCCAUGUGCCGAUUGUGGAUGCUCCGGAUCGCCCACCGGACCCACCCCCGAUGUCCCGCCAGCCGGCACCCGGUGAACCGCAUGACUUUUGGCUUUGA